AUGCCUCAAAACGAAUAUAUUGAACAACAUAUAAAGCAACAUGGUCGUCGUUUAGAUCAUGAAGAAAGAAAACGUAAGAGACUUGCAAGAGAAGGUCACAGAGUUUCUAAAGAUGCACAAAAUUUGAAGGGUUGGAGAGGUAAACAAUUUGCUAAGAAACGUUAUGCUGAAAAAGUUGCUAUGAAGAAGAAGAUUAAAGCUCAUGAAGAGAGUAAAAUCAAAGGUCCAACUAAACCUGUUGAAGAUGAUGGUGAAGCUUUACCAACUUAUUUAUUAGAUCGUCAACAAACAAAUACUGCUAAAGCCAUUUCUUCAUCAAUUAAACAAAAAAGAAUGGAAAAAGCUGAUAAAUUCUCAGUCCCAUUACCAAAAGUUCGUGGUAUUAGUGAAGAAGAAAUGUUUAAAGUUAUCAAGACUGGUAAAUCUAAAUCUAAGGCAUGGAAGAGAAUGAUUACAAAACAUACAUUUGUUGGUGAAGGUUUCACAAGAAGACCUGUUAAAAUGGAAAGAAUCAUCAGACCUUCAGCUCUUAGACAGAAAAAGGCAAAUGUUACACAUCCAGAAUUAGCUGUCACUGUGUUUUUACCAAUUUUGGGUGUUAAAAAGAAUCCUCAAAGUCCAAUGUAUACACAAUUGGGUGUGUUGACUAAAGGUACCAUAAUUGAAGUGAAUGUUAGUGAAAUGGGAUUGGUUACUGCUGGUGGUAAAGUUGUUUGGGGUAAAUAUGCACAAAUCACAAAUGAACCUGAUAGAGAUGGUUGUGUCAAUGCUGUUUUGUUGGUUUAG